GGGUAAUACAUUAUUUUUACACAAUUUUAGAUCAUAAAAUAUGGGAAGAGUCUACAAGCGCAAAACGAACCGACAAUCAUGGAGUAAAGAGAACAUGCGAAUUGCCAUAAAUGAGGUUAGACAAAACAACAAAAGCGUAAAUUCCAUGGCAAAAGCAUAUAAUCUUCCGGAACCAACUCUUAGAAGAUAUCUAAAGCGGUAUCCGGUUAAAAUCUCUCCUAAAAUAAUAUAAUGUUAAAAACAAUGAUUGGUCUUUAUUUUCAGGAAUUUCCUUGCAAUGCUGGUCGAUUCAAGAGCACGUUUUCUGAUGUGGAAUUAGAAGAACUACGACAGUACAUUAUCAAUAUUGACAAACGCGCAUUUGGACUAACCAAGAAGCAAUUCAGCAGGAUAAUUUAUGAUUUUGCGGAAAAACGUCACAUUUCACACAGAUUUAACAUAAAGAAAAAGAAAGCUGGACGACACUUCGUUGAGUGGUUUAUGUGGAAAUACAACUUUUCCCUACGAAAGCCAGAAUCGACUUCGAUAGCUAGACUUAUGGGAUUUAAUCGCCAAAGUGUUUCCAAUUUUUUUAACGCACUUAAGGAACUUAAAGAAAAAUAUAAUUUCCAACCCAAUCAAAUUUACAAUAUAGAUGAAACCGGUGUAUCAACAGUUGCCACAAAAAAUCCCAGGAUAAUUACCCCAAAAGGCAAGCGAAGAGUAAUUAAGAUAUCUUCUGCAGAACGAGGAACUAAUGUGACUGCUGUAUGCGCGAUGAAUGCAAGUGGGACAUUUAUUCCUUUUUGAUUUUCCUAGAGUUAGAAUGCAACCAGCCUAUAUGAAUAACACGCCAGCUGGAUUUGUAGGUGUUGCACAUGAAACCGGAUGGAUGACAUCUGCAAUUUUUUUAAAAUACCUGGAACAUUUUAUCCAAUAUGCUCGUCCUAGCGAAAACAACAGAGUGCUGCUAAUAAUGGAUAACCAUGCAAGCCAUGUUACCUUUGAAGCUGUAACAUUGUGCAGGGAAAAUUAUAUUUCUCUCUUGGGAUUUCCCGCACAUACCAGUCACAGAAUGCAACCAUUGGAUGUGUCUCUGUAUGGUCCCUUAAAAACAGCAUAUAGUAGGGCUUGUGAUGACUUUUUGACAAACAAUCCUGGAAAAGCCAUUACACUGACUGACAUUGCCUCAAUCUUUGGAAAGGCUUAUUUAAAAGUAGCAACCGUCGCGAAUGCUAUAAGCGGGUUUCGGGCAACUGGUGUAGAGCCGUUUGAUUCUGACAUUUUU